CAAUUCGUGUUCCUGGGUUUCUCAUUGACCUUGAGUUUAAAUCACUAUAGAACCGACUCUCAAGCUUCACAAGCACGCUUGUAUUUCCAAAUGAAAGAUUCACAGAGUCGACUCUCUCAAAAAUAGUCGACUCCCAGCUUCGUUUACAGGCAAUAACACCAAGCAUACAGGCUCAUCUGUCAUAUGCAGCAUGAUAAUGCUCCUGAGCUUCUGGUGACUCAGUGGGCGCCAUGCAGAGACGCCACAGUAGUAACACAGAUGGCAUGCCACCUGAAAGGAACAGGAGUCAAACCCUCGGAUCUGAGAGCAGCCUGGACGAAGGAGGCGUGUUCGACUGUUUAAAACCCGAGUCUCCUUCCUCGCCCCAGCAACUCUUCUCAGGCCUGGUGGGCGUGUCUGCCGGUGCCGUGACCUCGGCUCCUUUCCAAGCUGCCGGACUCGUCCUGGGGUCUCCGCCUGAGGUCUUUAUCCAGAUGACGACAUCGUCACGUGAGGAAGGCUCUCACCGGGCAGAGAAUGCACCGUUUCUUCCUCGGCCCUCCCAGCACCACCAUCACCACCACCAUCAUCAUCAUUUCCACCAGUCGGGGCAGCACCGGUCCGCCCUGCUUCAUUCGGCGUCCUCGGCUGAGAGGCGGAGCAGCAGGGACGACGGAGGAGAUGAAGCGUCUGCUCCAGCUCCUGCUCUGUCUGAGCUGAAAGCUGUGGUCACGUGGCUGCAGAGAGGAUUCCCCUUCAUCCUCAUCCUCCUCAUUAAAGUCUGCUUCCAGCACAAGCUUGGUAUUGCCGUGUGCAUUGGCAUGGCCAGCACCUUCGCCUUUGCUAACUCCACUCUGAAGCACCAGGUGUCUCUGCGGGAGGAGAGGUCCAUCUUCGUCGCUCUUUGGAUUCUGGUGUUCCUAGCAGGCAACAUAGUGUAUGUGUAUUACACGUUCAGUGCUGAGGAGCUGCACAACAGUCUGAUAUUCGCCAAGCCGAACAUCAACAGUUAUGAUUUCUUCAACCUGAUCUGGGUGGUCGGGAUCACCGACUUUGUGCUCAAGUACUUCACCAUCGCCGUCAAGUGCCUCGUUCUCUUCCUACCCAAAAUCCUCCUGGCUUUCAAAUCCAGAGGAAAGCUCUAUCUGCUUAUCGAAGAGUUCAGUCAGCUCUUUCGCGCUCUGGUGCCCAUCCAGAUGUGGUACAAAUACAUCAUGGGUGAGGAUCCAUCCAGCAGCUACUUCCUGGGUGCAGCGUUGAUCAUCAUCUACAGCCUGUGUAAGUCGUUUGACCUCUGCGGAAGAAUAUCAGGAAUUCGAAAAGCCUUCGUCGUGCUCUGUAGCUCACAGAGUUACGGUAUGAGGGCCAGCACGCAGCAGUGCACUGAGGCAGGAGAUGUGUGCGCAAUCUGCCAGGCUGAAUUCAGAGAGCCAGUCGCUCUGCUCUGUCAGCAUGUGUUUUGUGAAGACUGCCUGUGCCUGUGGUUCGAUCGGGAACGGACGUGUCCACUGUGCCGUGCGGUCGUCGUGGAAACGCCACGCAGCUGGAAGGAUGGCACAACAUCUGCGCACUUUCAGAUCUACUGAUCAGACGUGACGUUAAAUUCCCAGUAAAGCACUGAUGGGGUGUGGGGAGGGCGGUG